UGAGGUUUUGGCCUCUGUUUUGAGUUUGUACAUGAUUGACACAAACCUUCCAUUUCCGUCUGCCCAGGAAGUACUUUUGUGCUCUUCGUCAACUUUGGUGGAAGACGUAUGUUUGUUCUGGAGAAGAGCAAUGAAAGAUCCAGGACGAAGGCGUCUCUUCUGUCUUGCACAAGCCGAUUCGUUAAGUUACGAUGUAGCGAAAAAAUCUCUCGAAGAAUUCUAUCGUCUUGCACAAAGCCUGGAGGCAUCAGAGCAGGCUCGAUUUAGAAUAGUUGUAGUGUGUGCUGCAGAGAACGAAGAUAAGUCUUAUGUGGCCGAUGCGUUAGACGCUUACCGCAGGCCGGCAUUAUCUUGUUUUUCGCCGCAGAACCUGCAGAAGUACUUGCAAAUGAAGCUGCUGCAGUCAAAGCAAACUACACUUGCUAGUAGAAAGCAAGCCCCCACUCAAUCAGCGUUACAAUUGGAUUGUGAAGGAAGUUCAGUAAGAGUUGUUAGAUCUCACCGUGCGGGAGUCGGUAAGACUCUUUAUGUCACUAUGUUGACCGAUGCUUUGGUUAUGCACAGUAGGGCACGACAUCGGAUGAGACAGCAAGAGAGUUUGUAUGUCAUCGUUCCUCUACACGACAAGCAGGUACACGUCGACUCGAUUGUGAAGAUUCUGACGUCUUACUCACCUUCUCCAGAACCAGAAAAGCAAUCACCUCGUGUUAUUCAUAUAGACGUGUCGUCUUCAGUGAUUCGAGGCUUAGAUGAAAUGUUGUUCAAUCUGAUCGUUUUAGGAGAGCUAGCUGACAAGGACGGUUACGUUUGGCGGCGUUCUUCGAUAGAUAUGUACUUUAUUGAAAUAACAACAACAGGACGACAGCAUGGUUUGGAAUUAAAUGCAAGGGCCACCACCGCCAACCCUGUGCAAACUCUUAGUACCUCCCUGCUCGACUGCUUACCAACGAUAAAAUGCGUGUCGCCUCUAGAAAGCCUUGCGAUGCUAUCCGGUAACAAAAUGUCUGCAGUCAACAGCAGAAUGCUUGAUCGAGAGCUUCGUGAUUGUGAUUUUCAACGGGCGUGUGAGUAUCUCAAAAAGUUUACCACUGGAGCGUCUCUUGACUUGUUUCAAUUUCGAGAAGGUGAAGGUAGCGUGAUGCACAAUCUUCAAUCGAGCUUACAGAUACUCUUAAAUACUUGCGGCGUGCAAGACCCUUCUUGGGCCGAAAUUAGGCAUUUUGUCAGUUUCUUGAGUAGUCAAUUGCGUGAUAGUGAACGAAACGAUUUCUGUCAGCCAUACUGUUCCGAGGAUCUUCCAGGUUUUAAAGCGUUUGUUUUGAAGUUCCUAAUUCGAAUGUCAACAGACUUUGCUACACCAUCUCUUGACAUUGAAAGAUCUCAAGAAAGCGGGAAUGUUGAUAGCUUUGAGAGAUAUCAAUUAAGAAGACGUUGGGAACACUCUGAUCACCCAUACCUAUUCUUCAACGAAGAUCGUCAUACGAUUACAUUCGUUAGCGUACAGAUUACGAGAGAGGGUAAACUUUCUGAUCCACGGACAGGCAGGAUUCUCGAUGCCAACAUGAUGUCACCUACUCUUAGUACCGCUCUUUACACUCAGGGAUUUCGUCUUCAAGAGAAUUACGAGGACUGGAACAAAUCUCGUAAAAUUGUAGAGCUUUGCCGGGUGAUGGGUGUCGAGGGAGGAAGAGACAGUGACCCGAACUAUGAGCUGACGAUGGACAACAUGAAAAAGAUGCUAGCAAUACAAAUGCGAUUUCGCUGUGGUAUUCCGGUGAUCAUUAUGGGAGAAACCGGAUGUGGAAAAACUCAGCUGAUUAGAUAUAUGUGUUCACUUCAGUUAGGCUGUACAAAAACAAAAAAUAUGCUUUUGAUGAAAGUACAUGGAGGCAUCACCAAACAUGACAUCGAAGAAAAGGUCAAAGAAGCUGAGUCACUAGCCCAGUCAAAUUAUUCUAAGGUGCAUUCGAAACACAAGAUACAAACAGUUUUGUUCUUUGAUGAAGCUAACACUACAGAUGCAAUAGGAUUGAUCAAAGAAAUCGUGUGUGACAAGCGACUCAUGGGAAGGAAGGUGCGAGGACUUGGCACCUCAUUGCAAGUCAUUGCAGCUUGUAAUCCAUAUCGCAAACACACGCUUGAAAUGAUUCAGCAUCUGGAAGAUGCUGGGUUAGGAUAUCAUGUUAACGCUGAUGACACAGACGACAAGAUGGGGACGAUACCAUUACGAAGAUUGGUCUAUCGAGUUCAUCCACUACCUGAUAGCAUGAAGGCUUUGGUGUGGGACUUUGGCCAGUUAGAUCCAAAUGUCGAAAAAGUCUACAUCAAACAGAUUGUCUCUAAAUACGUUGCUAACCAUCAACUAUUGCCAAACAGUCCCGCUUUCGUUAAGGUUUUCAUCGAUGUUCUUGCUGCUUGUCAGUCUUACAUGAGAAGCAAGAAGAACGAAUGUAGUUUUGUCAGUUUGCGAGAUAUUGAAAGAACAAUGACAGUAACAAUUUGGUUUUACAAUCUCCGUGAUUUGCUAGAUCCGCUGGUGUUGGCAAAGCACAAAGAGAGGUUGCCUCGAGGCCAUCGUCUUGCUUCGGUAGAUUCCUUGACCCGUUCUGUUAUUCUUGGAUUAGCCGUUUGUUAUCACGCCCGUUUGAAGGAUCGGCAACCAUUCAGAGACUUUAUUGCUCAAUACUUUAAACCUCCCUGCUCAUUGCCUGAUGGACCAAAACAGUUUCUUGCCGAAAUUACGUUUUGUCAGGAAGCAUUUCUUGAUGGUAUAAAGCUGGACCAACAAAUAGCCAAAAACACGGCUCUUUGCGAGAAUGUGUUUAUGAUGCUCGUUUGUAUAAACUUACGUAUUCCUCUAUUUUUGGUCGGGAAACCUGGCAGCUCCAAGUCUUUAGCAAAAGACAUCGUAAAAGAAGCAAUGAGCGGUCAAUCGUCUGAUUCCGACCUUUUGAAAGCGCUCAAACGAGUGAAUAUGGUUUCCUAUCAGUGUAGUCCUCUGUCAACAUCAGAAGGAAUUAUAGGCGUCUUUUCUCAAUGCCAGCAAUUUCAAAAGGACAAUGGCACCGAGCAUUACGUCGCGUGCGUAGUACUCGAUGAAGUAGGUCUAGCAGAGGACUCGCCUCGCCUACCGUUAAAAGCAUUGCAUCCUCUGUUAGACGAUGGAACGGCCGAAACCGAUAUUGUCGAUGAAGAACAAGAGCGAUCGAAUAGAGUGGCUUUCGUAGGCUUAUCGAACUGGGCUCUAGACCCCGCAAAGAUGAAUCGUGGCAUCUUGGUGAACAGGGAAGAGCCGGAUAUUGCAGAAUUAAUAGCAACGGCCAAAGGCAUUUGCAACUCGAAUUCAAAAGCUCUUGGAGUGAUGAUGUGUUAUCUCGAAGGAAUAGCAAACGCUUACAAAGAAAUAUACGAAAAACAGAAGCAAACACGUCGAGAAUUCUUCGGAUUGAGGGACUUUUACAGUCUGAUAAAGAUGCUUUUUUCUUUUUGUAAGUUAUCCAAUCGUGCUCCAUCCCAUUUGGAGGCAAAACAUGCUAUUAGAAGGAAUUUUGGAGGUCACGACAGGCUCGAUGUCAUCGAAAUAUUUGAUCGUUGCUGCAACUUUCAGUUCGCUACGAGACACAUUUCUUCGUUGCCAUUUCCUAUCGACAACACAACAAUGGGGCUAAUCCAAUCUGCACUCGAGAGAGGACGAGAAGAGAUGUUGGGUGAAAGUCGGUAUGUCAUGUUGCUGACGGAAAAUUACGCGGCUCUUAAUAUCAUUCGUCAGAGCGUGGGUCUCCGUGAUGAUGCAGUCGUAAUCUUUGGUAGUGGAUUUCCUAAAGAUCAAGAGUACACUCACAUCUGUCGGACUAUCAACAGAAUCAAGAUCUGUAUGGCAGCCGGUCGCACGGUCGUUUUGCUGAAUCUUGACAAAUUGUACGAAAGCCUUUAUGAUACUCUCAACCAGUACUAUGUUCGUCAUGGGGAUCUCAAGUUUGUUGACCUGGGAUUGGGCAAUCACAGGCUCAAGUGUCUAGUUCACCCCGAUUUUAGAUUGAUUCUUGUUGUUGAAAGAGAAUUUGUGUAUAACACUUUACCAAUACCAUUGAUCAACAGAAUGGAAAAACACUUUCUUGCAAUGAAAUCUGUUUUAUUUCCAUGGCAAGAAAAUAUAGUAGCGCGAUUGCAUACUUGGAUUAGGAAGUAUUUGCAAGUAGAUACCAACUGGCAUUCUAGCGACAGUGAAGAGAACAGAUGCUUAGAGUUCAAGGAAGAAGAUUCUUUCAUUGGUUACCAUACAGACGCCGUGGCUACCAUAAUACUUCAAACUACAAAAGAACUUUGUCAAAGAAGAGGAGUAGAUGUGAAUACCUUUAAGAGCGAGCAGUGGCAAGAAAGGGUCUUCGAUGAAUCUUGUAAAAAGUUUAUCAAAAACGCAACACCCGACUCGAUUGUUCGACUAUGGCACUCUGCGCUGUCACACGAAGCAGAAGAUAUUUGCGAUGUAUACUUUUAUGAGCAGCAGCACGCUAGCCUGGCGGAAUAUAUCGCAUUGGAGACCGUUGUGGAUCAGGGGAGCAACGUUUGUAAAGGACGUCUCAUUCAAGUCACCACUCAUGCGCAUUUGCUCUCUUCAGAAUACUUAACGAACAUGAAUGGUACCAAUAACACCGAAUCCGUAUUGCUGCAACAGUUCGACACCGAGCAACAGUUUUGCGACAGAAUUCGAUGUUUCUAUAAUAGUACCGGACGUCGUCCUCGUCUUCUAGUCGUACAGUCGGAAUCGGGCGAAGGAAACAACGAUAUGAUCGCCGCAGCUCGUUACUUGAUCGAGGAAAUUCGAGAUCAAUGUUUUGAGACAAGAAAUAGUGAUUCCGGUUCAAGACACGUAGUGCUUAUUGUGCAAGUGUCCCGCAUGACUUCUUCUAACUUUGUUGGAUUUCAAGGAGGUUCCUGGACUGAAACUCACCUCGAUGAACUCCGUCCGAGUAGCCACGGCAACGCCUUACCGGUAUGCAAACUGCUACAUCGUACAAUAAGUUCGUUACUGUCUGCGGCAAACGAUCUUCCAACAGGAGAUGAUGGUGAUACUAGACCGACAGCGAAUGCAGUAAAGUCGGCUCGUUCGGAGGAUGUCACAGUGGAUGGCAAUGCAUUGAUUCGAGCAUGCGUACAUGCAGCUGUUAGUCGUAUUGAUAAUGAACAACAAGCCAUUGGAGACGCUUACAGAAUAAUCGAUAUUCUAUUAAGACUGGUUCCUACCACAGACUCAUCAAAUUUGCUAGAAUCAAAGAGAUUUUCUACAGAACUCGUAAGGCAAAUAAAACAUUUUCUUGAAGAAAGAAAUAGUAGAAUGGAAGGCGGUGCUGCUCAUCACUUUCCUUUGUGGAUUAGAAGGGAAGCUAUGAGUUUUACCAACAUUCAAGCAGGAGGCACUUUCAAGCGAACCUUGUGGUUACGCAUUGUCAAUACAGUAACACCCAUUUUAGCCGAACUAAUAGCUAUUAUCGAUUGCAAUUCAAAUCUUGAUCUUCUGCAGAGAUGCUUUACGAAUGCUGGAGAUUGGAUAACCGAAUUGUGGCUUGAUAUCUUUUGUGGUUCUUAUUUCGAUCAGCUAAACUUGCAUUACGAUGAUCUGCUUUCGAACCCUUACAACGAGACGAGACACAGAGUAACUGCUCAGGCGACUGGUUUCCGAGGACAUCCGUUUAAAGCAAAGUUUCCCUUCUCUCAUUUGGUGAAGAGGCAGGUGGAUGAAAUGCUACACGACGCACGAAAUCAUGCAGAAUCGCGGCACGAACGACUUGACGUUGUUUUACAACGAUUGGUCGAUGCGAGCGAGAUUGGAAAAGUAAUAUACAAAUCUCUUGCUAAUAGUAGAGCAAACAAUUUUGAACUGAUGUAUCUGUACCUCGACGACUUCGUACAUAUGAUAUAUAAAGCUACUUCUCCAAAAGAAUACCCGCUGGUUAAAGUUGCAAUUUUGAGUGAGAUAAAUGAACUGGCCGCUGCACAGCCAAAUAUCGACGAAGCGCUAGGGAGAGUGUGCAAUGUCAAGCUCUCAAUUGCAGCAAUCCAUGCUGCCUUUGACGUUGCGCGACCAAAAAUCCACUUGUUUGGAGAUAUAGUUCGCCGUAGACCUCACAUACUGCGAAGAGCACUUGAAAAUGUUGGUGAAGUACGGCAAGAAAUGUUACUAGAUGCCGUGGCAGCUAAGGCUCUAAUAGACGAAAUGUCUCUUAAAAGGAAGUUUGCUGACGAUAAACAAAAAUUGAUGUGGCUGCAUGAAAUGCGAAGAGUGCAACUGCUGAUCGAAUCGUGGCUUUCCAUUUCGAAGGAAUGUGGCCAACACCAAAGAAGACGAAAUGCCCUCUACUUGAAAAUACGCCAUAAUUGGAGAACAUUGUUAGCGUUACGGCUAUUUACUGAACAUGUUGAAAUGGCGACAAAACAUCCAUUUCUUUUGUCAGCUAGUUUAAAAUUUUCUCAGCAUUUAGAAGAAGUUGAUGUAGACUUUACUCAAGCAGUUACCAUAAGUUGUGUACAACAGUUUCUCAACACAUAUGGAAAAGAGUUUUUGAAGCAACUUUUUGGACGAGAAGAUGUCACAUGCGGGAUUUGCCUAGAAACAUGGAUUGACAAAAAUCCGGUCUCACUAAACUGUGGACACAUUUAUUGUUUCCUGUGCAUAAACACAAGCAUUUCGCAACGUCGUUUGUGUCCUACAUGCAGAUCGAAAAUUUCGGAUACUUUUGUUUGUCAAUCCAGCGAUCGGCUUCGGGAAGCGAGUCAAUUUUAUACUGAAUAUAGACGUGUCAGCACUGCAUUCUUUAUGGAAUUAGUGUCUGUCCACAGUUUCAGUAGUGCGGCAUCUCGGCCACCAGAAGAAAGACUCGUACACAUGCUUAUGGAACUAGUCGUGCAAAGAAAGUUGCCACUGCUGGACUGUCUUAGUACUCGACCCUUCUCUCCGUUCGAAGUAGACACGAUUGAUCCAAGACCUGUUGUUCGCUCAUUUCUGUUGCAACUUCUGUUAAAGUACAGCGACAAGACUCUUGAUUAUAUCCAAACAGCAUUUGACGAAAUGGAACGACUGCUCCGACAUUCUGGAGUGAACCUUGAAGACAUCAAAAAUUUGGAGAUAAUUUUCGUUCACUGCAUGGAGGAUGCACUGAAGCAACGAGCGUGUUGCCAGUCAGAACUACCAUUUGAAUGCGUGGCGCUGUCUCAAUUCGAUAUUGGUCUACGUGCUAUGCAGGCGUCAUCAUCGACUGUAGUUCGUUUACAAGGGAUUGCUGCCCUUCGACUAAGCCUGUCGUUUACUGCAGACGCAAUUGUCAGUCUGCUUUCCGUUCGACAACGAAAUCAGUUAAUGACGAAAGAUCGAUCGGCGUCGUUAUCAAAGCUUUUGCAAAGAGCAGAAGAAGUCUGUACAAGCGUUAGAGACCCGCAGUUAAACCUCUUCCUGAUGAAGCUUUUAGUCCGAGAGCAUGGCAUGGAUAUUAUGCCAAGAAUACGUGGCGAUUGUAAAUUGCGUUGGAUAACUGCUUUCCAUCAGCAUGAGACGAAAGCUGCUGUGCCGGACUACUUCACAGUUCUUCAAGAGCCAUAUUUAACAUUUCGCAAUGCUGUAGCAAGAACUGUCAUGACCGGAGACACACGAUAUCUAAGCAAUCUGUUGAAGAAUCCUCCAGGAAACUGUCAAGCUAAUGCAACGACAGUGGCAACUGUUUUAGCACUUUUCGCAGAAGUAACUAAACAGUUUUCUUCGACAGAGUGUGAGCAGCACGUUUUGUUCCAGAGACUCGCUUCAUUGGAGAACAUUGUGAAACGAAAGGUAUCUUUGCCUAGCUGGUGCACAACUUUCGUCUCAGAUCUACUGUGCAACUACUCAAACCGUAGACCUCUAGCUCAGCUUCAAGUCUCAUCUGGCCAGAGUAUUCGAGAUCGUUCGCUGGCAGGCUUAGCAAUUCAUAUACUCAUUUCAGUGUCCGUGUCUGGUGAUUGCCGCCUUAUUCAUCCGCUACGCCAGAUACUGACUGAUCCGCAGAGUAUGAGUACUUCUUACUUUCCCAGCAUGCCAGAAGAUCCGUUCCAAGAAGCCAGAGAAAUGAAAAUGGGGACAAGGUGGUACGAGUGUUCUAAUGGGCAUCCGUAUUUAGUACUAAAUUGUGGUUUACCAAGAGCAACAUCUCGUUGUCCAGAUUGUGGUCAAGCAAUCGGUCAAAACAGUGGAAAUAGAGAUGCCACAAUCCGUCAAGUGGUCGAGACUGGUCACAUACUUGGAAUCGUCAACCGAACAUCUGACAAUCCUUCUUCACAGCGUGCUCUCUCACCGUCAAGCUGCUCCUUGUUACGUCUAAUCUUGAACGCACUUCUCAUGUGGUCAUCUUGUAGCGGUGCCCAGCGUAUCGCCAACGGUGUCAUUCGAUGUGUAUCUCCUGCUGUCAAUCAAUAUUAUCUUCCGCAAUUUUUCUGGUCUCACUUGCAACACGACAUAGUUGUAUUUGCCAAAGCAAUUGGCAGAAGUGUAGACGACGCCGUUGUUGUCUGUCACCGAUUCCUCAUGCAAUUUCUUGGCAGUCGAACACAGCAAAGCGAACACGCGAGUUCGACAGAUUGGACUACUAAAGACGGUAGAAAGGAAUGGGAAAUAGCGUUCAGUCGAAAGUUCUCUGUUCCGUUUUUCCAAACUGUACAGAAUGAAAUCAAUGGUUGGAUGGCGCUAACUUUGAAUGAUAGCCAAUCUGGUAACAAUCGUCUAAUGAGAGAGCUGUACGAACUAGAAAUGCCCAAGAGCUCCCGCUUCUCUCCUGGAUUAUGGCGUUAUCGAGUUUCUGUUAGUAUUGACCACCUCGUUCGCACUAUGGAACAAAAUUUAGAUUCUGGAGAUCCCCAUCAGUGCGUUUUGCUCAGAGAAUUUUUGAAUGAGGAAAAAAAAUUGCGCGCGUUGCAGUACCUUCCGGACAUCAUCAAGCUGCAACGUCUGUUGUUGUGCAGAUAUGACAAAAGGAUCUCACAAGAAGAAGCUCUCACAACUAGCGUAGAUGCUUUUCUUACGAAAGUGAAAGAUGUACGAGAACGAUGGGUAUUUGAAAAAUUGAUUGUCAGUUUCAGUAAGGCCUGGAACCUUGUCCAACAGUUUGUGAUUACUCAUGGUCGCUUGAGACCGAAAAACAAGGAACACGAGCUCGAGACCGUAACGGGCAGUACUUCGUUGGCUUUUCUCUUGCCACGACAUCGAGAUGAAGGAACUUGCGCUUUAUCUUUAGUCGAUUAUCUAGUCGAAUGCACGCAUAACGAGUUUCUUAGAACCUACAGCAGAAUUUCCGGCUGCGAACUAGAACAAGUUGGAAUUUCAAUAGAUGAAGUGACAACAGCUCAUUUAAUAGCGUAUGACGUCGAGAGAGACCUGAUGCCCUUAGUAUUUUCUCACUGUGACUACUCGUUGGCUGUUGGAGAAGGAGAAAAGAGCAGUUACAACUUUCAAGCUCUCGAAAGGCAAAUCGUCGACCGAUUUAUUGCAGGGAAACCACUCGUUGCCAUGAAGGCGUACAGUAUUAAUUUUGUCAAAGACGUGUUUACUAUUGACUUAUUCAAUCGCGUUAAGAGAAAGAUCGUCCAGGAAACGCUUCCUCCCUCUGUUCAACGUCAAAUUGUUUCUGAAACACGAAAAGAUGUUCAAAGUGUUCUUGCAGUCUUGGAUAUUGUCAUCAGAUUUACAGCAUCAUCGGGUGGUGCAGCCGACGAAUCGUUGCACACGUAUAUUCACACAACUCUACGAAUGUCUCUAGAUUCAGGUCUCGUUAGUGGUAAAGCUCGACAAAUAUGCCAAUUGAAGCACAUCUGCGAUCUGUGGCGACUGCUGAACGUCGAGAAAGCUAGACAACUUGCUUUGGCCGACCGAAAUCCUUUUGAUCGAGUUUCGGCAAAAUACAAAGAAAGGAUUCCUAAGAGGGACGGAAGUAAUCUCCUAAAAGCUCUAAGGAGGUUAAAUAUCGAAGCUAUGCUGUCAGUUUUGAUAGAAGUGAUUUUGCUACAGUUGGGGCAAUGGGAAGAAACACUCCAUAUAGAAGAAUACGGACUUGCAGAUGCAAUUUAUGAUCUGCAUGGAGUCACGACGAUUGCAGGACUGGAUGAAAUUCCGGCUCAAGUGCAACUGAGGCACAUUGUUGAUUGCUGGACUAUGACAGUCAAGUUGCAGGCAAAUAUGACGAAACUGUAAUGAGUUACGUAUACGUAUGUGAUUUUAACUGUCACAUACAAAUGAGAAUGUGUUUUUAGUUUGGCGUGUCUGCUUGAUAUUGUUAUAUGGACUUGUUUAGCAGCGACUUUUUGUGUUAUUCAUUGUUUAAAGGUUUGUAUCUCAAGACAGAAUAGGGUUCCUGUAUGAUUGUAGCAUUAUAUGAUCAGAACAAGAUUCUAGGUAUCGAAA